UGACUGGUGACAAAAGAAAGAUCGUGAAGCCACAGCGUUUGUAAGUUAAAAAAGGUGUACGACAUAUGCGCGUUUGCACUCUGAGAGGAUAUUUUCAAUCAUGCCUGUUCGGAGAGGUCACGUUGCGCCACAAAACACCUUUCUGGGCAUCAUAAUACGGAAAUUCGAGGGACAAAAUAAGAAAUUCAUAAUAGCCAACGCUAGAGUCCAGAAUUGCGCAAUCAUCUACUGCAACGAUGGAUUUUGUGAGAUGACUGGUUUCUCCAGACCAGAUGUCAUGCAGAAGCCGUGCACCUGCGACUUCCUCCACGGACAGCACACGAAACGGCACGCUAUCGCGCAGGUGGCCCAGGCCCUGCUGGGCUCCGAGGAGAGAAAGGUGGAAAUCACCUACCAUCGCAAGGACGGAUCCGAAUUUCCUUGCAAUACUCACAUUAUCCCCGUGAAGAACGAGGAAGGGGUGGUGAUGAUGUUCAUCCUAAAUUUCGAUUACGUCAUGGACGAAGGAAGCAGCGACUCCUUAGAGAAGCUUAACCACAUGUCCCCUGCCAAGUCCAACCACAGAAAGGGGAGUUUUUUCAGAUUAUGUCUGCCUUCCUGGGCUCUCCUGGGCGGCAGCAAACAGUCACUUCCCCAGGAGGACCCGGACGCCGUCAUGGUCGACACCCCCCGACGGAGCGACGACUCGGCCGCCAUGCAGGACUACAGAUCCCCCACCAAGGAGAGCUGCAGCCCCUCCGCGGCCGACGACACGCGAGCUCUGAUUGGCUGCCGGUGCCCCACGCCCAUCAGCACGUCGGGACCCCUCGACCACUCCUCCCCGAAACGGCAGUGGGACAGGCUGUACCCCGAGCAGCACCAGUCCACCACCUGCCUGGCCCAGACCGCGUCUCACGACAGUAUCUGUAGCAUGAGGCGGGCCUCGUCUGUCCAGGACAUGGAGGGUUUUAGCUCCAACUCGAAGGGUGUGUUCAGAGACCGGCACGCUAGCGAAGGCCCGUUCAACCACUUGAAAUCCAGCCUGCUGGGCUCCACUUCUGACUCAAACCUCAACAAGUACAGCACCAUCAACAAAAUUCCCCUCAUCACACUCAACUUCUCAGAGGCAAACAACGAGAGGAAGACAGCCUCUCCCCCGUCGUCUGAGAAAACCAUCAUCGCACCAAAGGUCAAAGACAGAACGCACAAUGUCACGGAAAAGGUCACGCAGGUGCUGUCACUGGGCGCGGACGUGCUGCCCGAGUACAAGCUCCAGACGCCGCGCAUCGACAAGUUCACCAUCCUGCACUACAGCCCGUUCAAGGCAGUGUGGGACUGGCUGAUCCUGCUGCUGGUCAUCUACACUGCCAUCUUCACGCCCUACUCCGCCGCCUUCCUGCUCAACGACCGCGAGGAGCAGAAGAGGCGGGAGUGCGGCUACUCCUGCAGCCCGCUCAACGUGGUGGACCUCAUGGUGGACAUCAUGUUCAUCAUCGACAUCCUCAUCAACUUCCGCACCACCUACGUCAACCUCAACGAGGAGGUGGUCAGCCACCCUGGCAAGAUCGCCAUCCACUACUUCAAGGGCUGGUUCCUCAUCGACAUGGUGGCCGCCAUCCCCUUUGACCUGCUCAUAUUCGGAUCGGGGUCGGAUGAAACAACCACUCUGAUUGGGCUGCUGAAGACAGCCAGGCUGCUGCGAUUGGUCCGCGUGGCAAGGAAGCUAGACCGAUACUCGGAGUACGGCGCCGCCGUGCUGAUGCUGCUCAUGUGCAUCUUCGCCCUCAUCGCCCACUGGCUGGCCUGCAUAUGGUACGCCAUCGGCAACGUGGAGAAGCCCUACCUGGAGCCCAAGAUCGGCUGGCUGGACAACCUGGGUGUGUCCAUCGGCAAGCGGUACAACCACAGCGACCCGUCCUCGGGACCCUCCAUCAAGGACAAGUACGUCACGGCGCUCUACUUCACCUUCAGCAGCCUGACCAGCGUUGGCUUCGGCAACGUCUCGCCCAACACCAACUCCGAGAAGAUCUUCUCCAUCUGCGUCAUGCUGAUCGGCUCCCUCAUGUACGCCAGCAUCUUCGGCAACGUGUCGGCCAUCAUCCAGCGGCUGUACUCCGGCACGGCCAGGUACCACAUGCAGAUGCUGAGGGUGAAGGAGUUCAUCCGCUUCCACCAGAUCCCCAACCCCCUGCGGCAGAGGCUGGAGGAGUACUUCCAGCACGCCUGGACCUACACCAAUGGCAUCGACAUGAACAUGGAGGUCUUAAAGGGCUUUCCAGAGUGCCUGCAGGCUGAUAUCUGCCUGCACCUCAAUCAGAACCUGCUGGAGAACUGCAAAGCAUUCCGAGGAGCCACCAAGGGGUGCCUCCGCGCCCUGGCCAUAAGGUUUAAGACGACCCACGCCCCUCCCGGGGACACGCUGGUCCACUGCGGGGACGUCCUCACCGCCCUCUACUUCCUGUCCCGGGGAUCCAUCGAGAUCCUGAAGGACGACAUUGUGGUAGCUAUCCUGGGGAAGAACGACAUCUUUGGAGAAAUGAUCCACCUCUACGCUAAGCCUGGGAAGUCCAAUGCUGACGUCCGAGCCCUGAGCUACUGCGAUCUGCACACCAUCCACAGGGAGGAGCUGUUGGAGGUGCUAGACAUGUACCCAGAGUUUGCCGACUACUUCCUCACCAACCUGGAGCUCACCUUCAACCUCAGAGAUGAGGAUGCCAAGGCAAGUUAUUUGCAAGUCAGCGAUUCGGAUGGAGAGGAGAAAAGCAGAAGGAAGAUUUCUUUUAAAAGAAAACUAUGUGAUGCUGAUAAUCAUUCCACAGGGGGAAAUAACAAGGUGCCUGAAAGCGACACAGAGAAGGAGAAGAUCGGGUCGGAGGAUGGGAAGGACUCCCUGGAGGAGCAGAGGCUUCUGGGAUCGGGGAUCCUGGGUUACCCCUCGGUGCAGGACCACUCGCAGGAACUGGAUUUCAGUGACCCCCUGGACGUCCUGACCAGAGACAGCUUUGGGGGGAGUCCAUCCUCUAGAGAUCUGCGCUCGGAGGAGUGGACCCGCGGGAAGAGCAGGGACGUCCUGGGCGAGUCAGCGUUCUCCAGGGUCACGAAGGUGGUGGACGACACGGAAAGCGACAUCACGUACGGCGAAGUGGAGCACCGAUUGGACCAGCUUCAGGAGCAUCUGAACAGGCUGGAGUCCCAGGUGACAUCGGACAUUCAAACCAUCCUGCAGUUGCUGCAGAGGCAGUCAACGCUUGGCCCCCCGGCGUACAGCACGGUCACAGCCAGCCCGGAGUACCAGAGAUCUGCUGUGAGGAUCCAGCCAGUGUCUGCUGUCGGCACUGACCGCAGCUACAGCUCUACGCCUGCGCAGAGUCCCGAAUUCCUCGACCUGGGAAAGUCCCUACAGAAAUCCAAAGAAUCCCUGACGGAUGUGGGCAGGGAUCCGGCGGGGAUUGUCACAGCCUUGCUGGAACAGGACCUGGAACUAUCCCAAAUCGGACCAAAUCGGGAUCAGUCGGCUCCUCCGCCUCCAAGGCAGCAGCCAAAAUCCCUUCCACUUCCAGUGCGACACCCUUCCCUCUCAGUUUCCUCCCUCAAUAGUGCAGAAACGCUGGGACUCCACAGGCCGGUUUCUGAUCCUGGUCUUCCCUGGAAAUAGGCCUCCCCCAUGGCUGACUGUUUGC